CAGCGGGAUGAUGAACUCAAUCGUCAGUUUAACAAAAGCGUUCCUCCAAGGAAGUCACUAAAUAACUUUUACAUUGCAACAAGUUUCCGCGAAUAUCUGAAAUAGAUAAGUAAUCCGAAUACCCUUUGGUGAUAUUACUGGACAAAUUUACUCGAUCAUCUGACAAAAAAUGAGGUCGAUUGACACAUUGCACUUCUUAGUUUAUUUCAUGUUGCUGUUCACGGUGCCAAAACAAGUGUGCAGUUACAAGAUUCUAAUGGCCCUCCUUUUAGAAAGUGAUUCAGUUCAUUUUUUCUACACGAAGAUUGCACGGCAUUUGAUUGAAGCGAACCAUUCAGUCACGUUUCUGACCUUCCAUGACUCUUCUUUUACUCAUCCAAAUUUUGUAAACGUGAACGUUAUGGAAGGAGAACCUCCGUUGAAAGGUAACGCUUUCGACAUGGUGGACUUUGAAGGAGCCAUCGACAUUUUCUACGCUGAAGUUGCAAGGAUCGGAACUCGGUUGUGGGAAAACCAAGAUAACAAAAAAGUGUUCGAGAACCGCCACGAGUUCGACGCCAUCAUAACAUCGGCCAGUGGAAACAGUAUUGUCCUGCCAUACGCAAUAAACUUCACGGGACCGCUUAUACUGAUACAGAAUGCAGGUGUUGAAUAUAUCGCGACUGCUUUCUCCGGGAACUGGCUGCCACCCUCUGUGGUGCCGUCCAUUUUUAUGCCGUACGAUGAGUACAUGAGUUUCUACGAGCGAUGCAUGAACUUGUUAGACUUGUGGAAAUUCUACCACGGAGAAAUAAGUUCCUGGUACGAGUUUGAAUCCAGUUUUCUAGAGAGCUAUUUCCCUGGGAUUGGCGACAUCUCAAGGUUCUACGGACAAGCCUCCCUCACCCUCAUCAACGGCCACCACGCUCUGGACAACCCAGUGCCCCUCCUGCCCAACCAAGUGGAAAUCGGCACUUUGAAUGCCCAUACUCCCAAGCCUCUGCCCCAGGACUUGGAGAAGUUCGUCGCCAGCAGCGGCGACCACGGCGUCAUCUACUUCAGCCUCGGCAGCUACGCCAGGAGCUCUGACAUUCCAGCGCGGGCAAAAAUGGAGUUCGUGGAAGCUUUCCGAAGGCUGCCACAGAAAAUCAUAUGGAAAUAUGAGGCGGACGACCUCGACCUUCCCCCCAACGUCCUCACGAGGCCAUGGCUUCCCCAGCAGGACAUUCUGGGCCAUCCGAAAACUCGAGUAUUCAUAUCGCACUGCGGCAUCAUGGGUGCGCAGGAGGCCAAGUACCACGGCGUACCAGUGCUCGCCGUACCAAUCGCCUUUGACCAGCACCGCAAUGCCGCGCGGAUGGUGCGCCAGAAAGUCGCAAUUUCGCUGUCGUGGAACACGGUCACCGCGGAUCAAAUUGUUGAUGCUCUCAAUAUCCUCAUUAACGACACAAGCUACUCGGAGCGCCUGCGUCGCACGUCUGCCGUCCUGCAGGAUCAAAAGGAGAGUCCCGCGGACCGCGCCGUGUGGUGGGUAGAGUACGUCAUACGGCACGGGGGGGCGCCGCACCUGCAGUACCCCGGCCAGCGCCUACACUUCCUGCAGUACAUCUGUGCAGAUGUGCUGCUGUUCUUCGCUGUCUGCACUUACUUUGUGUACAGACUGGCUAAAUGCAUUCUGCUCUACUUCUUGAACUGGUGCCUCGGUAAAGCCAAACCACAAAAAACUAAAAUUAAUUAAGUUUUUCUGAGACUAAGCGGAAAAAUAAGAAACGUCAAUUAUUGUUUACGCCACUCGUUCUCAAAUAAUGCUUAGAGUUUAAAGUUUUUUUAGGCAUCAGCUGGAAAUUCAUGAAUAUUAUUCCUUUAUCGCAAGAAUGGAAUUUCAUCGCUUAAUUGAACCUUUUAGUUCCAGGUGACCUAAUAAUUACAGGUGCAACGAUAAAUUUCCAAUGUUGAAUCAUGCGUAAUUUCAGAAAAAAAAUCUUCCAUGCAUUGAAAUUUCCAUGCCCAUGCAUUGAACAUUCAUGUCCUUGAACUUUCUGACACCAAUAUUCAUUUCGUUCACUCAAUGCCGAGCUAGUAACCUUUCAAAUCAUAAUUGAUAUUGAUAACGUCCAGAGUUCUGAUGGUUACAGAAGUAGAUUAACGAAUCAUAAAAAUCCAUCGGACUGAAACAAGUCAUGCAUGAGAAUUUUCUGUCGACAGCGUUAUUGAAGUUUACAAGUUGACGUGGUCCCAUCUGUCAAGUUAAUAAGGUGAAUAUCCCACUCAAAAAUUCAUGAUGCAGACGAAUUAAGGUUGUAAUAUCAUUCCGCCAGCCAGAUAUUCCAAAAUGAAUUUCUCGGGCUGAUUGGCUUUGGCAAGUGGAAUGAUGUUGCUCCCAGGAUAAUGAAAAAUUGCUUACUUGCCUAGUGGCAUAUUGCAUUUGAUAAAUUUUUGUUCUCAUAAAAAAGUGGAAUUUUGUAUCCGAUUAUUUCGUUUCGGUGAAAAUUUCAGCUCGAAGUAAACGCAGGGUGCACUAGGAAUGAUAGUCCCAAAAGUUCCAAACGCAAUGUAGUAACAUAAAUGUUAUUUUGGAUAGAGGUAAUCACGAAAUUCAAAAUCACUGAAAAUAUCGUUCGAGAAAAUAUAUGUGUAUGUUUAUAUACGUGUGUUAGCUUGAAGACCAGAGUAUGCUUUAUAAUAAUAACAAUCUUCAUCUACGCUUUUUC